AUCUCUCUUCCUCCUUGAGCUUGUUACCUCCUUCCUCUCCCCCACCGCAACAAUGGGAAACUGUUGUUCUCAAGGACGGGACUCAGCCGAUAACGCAGAUGGAUACACACAAGACAAGGGCAUAACCGCUUCAACUGCUGAACCUUCCGUACCACAAUCCAAACACGCCCCUCCUUCUCCUCCCCCCGCAACAAAGCAAGGCCCUAUAGGACCUGUCUUAGGUCGACCUAUGGAAGAUGUAAAAUCUUCAUAUUCUCUAGGGAAAGAGUUAGGUCGUGGACAGUUUGGUGUCACGCACCUCUGCACGCAGAAGGCAACAGGUCAGCAGUUCGCUUGCAAGACCAUUGCCAAAAGGAAGCUUGUGAACAAAGAAGACAUUGAGGAUGUAAGAAGGGAAGUGCAGAUAAUGCAUCACAUGACCGGUCAGCCAAACAUUGUUGAGCUUAAAGGAGCUUAUGAAGACAAACAUUCUGUGCAUUUGGUCAUGGAGCUUUGUGCUGGUGGAGAGUUGUUCGAUAGGAUUAUUGCUAAAGGACAUUACUCGGAGAGAGCAGCUGCUUCUUUGUUGAGAACCAUUGUUCAGAUUAUCCAUACUUGUCAUUCCAUGGGGGUUAUUCACAGAGAUUUGAAGCCUGAGAACUUUCUGUUGCUCAGCAAAGAUGAGAACGCUCCUCUCAAGGCCACUGACUUUGGUUUGUCUGUUUUUUACAAGCCAGGAGAUGUGUUUAAGGAUAUUGUGGGUAGUGCUUAUUACAUUGCACCAGAGGUUUUGAAAAGGAAGUAUGGACCAGAAGCUGAUAUUUGGAGUAUUGGUGUUAUGUUGUAUAUCCUCUUAUGUGGUGUUCCACCAUUUUGGGCUGAAUCGGAGAAUGGAAUAUUCAACGCCAUCCUAAAGGGACAUGUUGAUUUCUCAAGUGAUCCAUGGCCAUCACUCUCACCUCAGGCGAAGGAUCUUGUAAAGAAGAUGCUCAACUCUGAUCCCAAGCAAAGACUAACUGCUGCUCAAGUUCUCAACCAUCCAUGGAUCAAGGAGGAUGGAGAAGCACCAGAUGUUCCUCUUGACAAUGCGGUGAUGUCCAGGCUCAAGCAAUUCAAAGCAAUGAACAAUUUCAAGAAAGUUGCAUUGCGGGUGAUAGCAGGUUGCUUAUCAGAGGAAGAGAUCAUGGGGUUGAAGGAGAUGUUUAAAGGCAUGGACACUGAUAGCAGUGGAACAAUUACACUCGAGGAGCUAAGACAAGGACUCGCUAAGCAAGGUACAAGGUUGUCAGAAUACGAAGUCCAACAGUUAAUGGAAGCUGCUGAUGCUGACGGUAAUGGAACAAUAGACUAUGGUGAGUUUAUUGCAGCUACAAUGCAUAUUAACAGACUUGACAGAGAAGAACAUCUCUACUCAGCCUUCCAACACUUUGACAAAGACAACAGUGGGUAUAUCACAAUGGAAGAGCUGGAGCAAGCUCUUAGGGAGUUUGGCAUGAAUGAUGGCAGAGACAUUAAAGAGAUAAUCUCCGAGGUUGAUGGAGACAAUGAUGGUCGGAUAAACUAUGAUGAGUUUGUGACAAUGAUGAGAAAAGGAAACCCUGAUCCUAUCCCAAAGAAGCGACGUGAGCUUUCAUUUAAAUGACCAGAGUAGAGGAAGAGAGAAGAUAGAAAGAGAGCAGAACAUGAUUAUGAGAAACUCAUGCUAAUCACUGAACUGGAGGAGAUCUAGAAGGUGGGAGGAGAAGGCUCAAGAAGUUUUAAAAAAAAAAUCAUCAAGUGAGAAUUUGAUUGUAUGUACAUUUUCUCUUCUAGUUGUUUACUACUUAAAGUGACAUGGGUUUCUCAAUGUACUUAAAACUUCUCUUGUAUGUGUUAGUGAUAUUUGUUCUUACUUAAUUACUGGCAAAAACACUUGAAAACAUACAAAGCUAAACACAACAUCAACAAUGGCAAUGUUCACAUUCUAGUAUCUAGGCUAAUCAUCUUAAUUAGAAUAUCCAGAUGUACUCAGGCAAUGAUUAUCAAUUAGACCACAGAGAUGGAUGUUACAGGAAGUUCAAUGCACUGUCGUCAAAAUGGAGUGAGAAGGAAGAUUCUUAACUAGAGGCAAUUCAACAGGAGUUAUCACUGAGUAGGUAAGCUUCCUCAAGCUCAUACAUAUCAAAAAAGGUUGGAUGCGGCUAUUAAUUAGUAGUAGUACCCUCACGGCUCUGAGACGUAAGCUGUUCUAAUUGCAAUCCAUCUCCUUUUCUAACCUCAGCGUUCCUAAUGGAUUUUCAUUAUUAUUUAUAUAUAUAAAUUCCAAGGUUUUUAAUGUGAUUUUAUUUGUUCAAGGUGACGAAUGGAUGGUACAAGAAGCUGGGAGAAAGAAUAUGGACGCCUUGGUUCCUUAAUGCAUAGCAUUGUUUCCCUCAGCAAAGAAGAAUCAAGGUUUAGAUUUUAUUCAUCUAGUGAAAGAGGUAGUGGAGGGAAAGGGGAGGAUGGUUAAGACUGUAGAGACAGUGAGUAUUGCAGAGAACACCAAUGCCAACCAGUCGUUGGGAGAUGGUAAACCAAUGUACAAUUACUUCAUCAAAGUCGAGUAAGUCUGCACGUAGUUACGAAGCUUGAGUUUGUUGUUUGUUUUUUUUGACACAAUUAAAACACCAAACUGAAAUAAUAAUUGAACCCCACGGGUGUCGUCCACAACCAAACAGAAUCUCGUUGAAAGAGAAAGGUUACCAGAUUUACACUGAAACCUGUCGUUAUAAAAUGAUUAUGCUAGGACGAUCUGCCCACUAAAAUACUCUUUAUUUCUUUCUUUCUUAAGUAUGAUUGAUAGUCAUAUGGAUAUGGAUGAGGGUAUUCACGUCACGUGUCUUCAAAUUAUGCAAGGUCCACCAGAGGACGUUGAUACUAAUUUUGGAUCAUUAAACUAAUUGUAAGAAAAUUUACUGGUUCGUACGUACCCUAUGAACUUAUAUUUCCAAUUCAUUAUUAUGUUUAUAGAAUAUGUAUAACUUUGUGGAUGAUGGACAUGCAUGAAUCACGACGGAACGUCACCCCCACACUCUCCUGAUUUUUGCUAAAAUUGGCUCAGUAUGAUUUAUCUAUUCAGAUAUCACCGAGUGUCUCCACUCAAAGUCAGACUCGUAGUACUAUGUUGAACCACCUUUAGUUUAUUUGUAUUGUUCAUUUCAUCACCCAAAUUUUAUAAAUUAGUUAUUUUUCUUUUUUUUUGUCGACUAUAAAUUAGUUAUUUCUAACGAAUGAUUGUUUCAGUUUCAAGAAAAAAUAAUGGAAGAGUCAAAAAUAGUUCUAAAAAGUGUCUAAGAAGUGCAUAAAUUAAUU